AUGGACCUUUUCAAGUUCUACUUUUUGCGAAUUACGCGCGAGGCCCGCCAGAAGAAGCGGUCGGGCCGAGACGACGAGGAUCCAGGACGAUCCUGGGCCGUGCUACCAUGUUUGCUUUUUGUGACUCCCAGCCAUUUCUCCAUCCUCCGCCAUUUCUCCCAAUCCCGCUCCUGCUUCCCCGCAAUCGCCCCGGCUGGGGUUGCAGCACCCGAGUCCAGGCCUGUCGGCCUGUAUGGAUAG